GGGGGCGUCCCCGCCGGCCCGGGCCAGGUGCGUGCGUGUGUGUGUGGUGGGGGGGCUCACCUGUGGCCGCCCCCUCUCGCCCCGACUGGACUCGCCGGCGACGCCUCCGCGGACCUCGCUUCGGGCCAUGAGCAGAUAUGAUUGGUGAUUAAAAGGUCCCUGUGUAAAUUCUUGACUCCUCCUUGGGAUUUGAAGUGAAAAUGCCUGGUGUUAUACCUAGUGAAAAUAAUGGACUUGCAAGAGGUAGUCCGUCAAAGAAAAACCGACUUUCCUUGAAGUUUUUUCAGAAAAAGGAAACUAAGAGGGCCUUGGAGUUCACAGAUUCUCAAGAAAAUGAAGAAAAGGCUUCAGAAUAUAGAGGGUCUGAAAUUGACCAAGUUGUUCCUGCAGCGGCACAGUCCUCGCCUAUAAACUGUGAGAAGAGAGAACAUCUGUUACCGUUUGUGGGACUGAAUAAUCUUGGCAACACUUGUUAUCUUAAUAGUAUACUUCAGGUAUUAUAUUUUUGUCCUGGUUUUAAAUCUGGAGUGAAGCACUUAUUUAAUAUUAUCUCAAGGAAGAAAGACGCCCUGAAAGAUGAAGCCAGUCAAAAAGAGAAGGGAAAUUGCAAAGAAGAUUCUUUGGCAAGUUAUGAACUUAUUUGCAGCUUACAGUCCUUGAUCAUUUCAGUUGAACAGCUUCAGGCUAGCUUUCUUUUAAAUCCAGAGAAAUACACUGAUGAACUUGCUACUCAGCCACGACGACUGCUCAACACACUCAGGGAACUCAACCCUAUGUAUGAAGGAUAUCUCCAGCAUGAUGCACAGGAAGUAUUACAGUGUAUUUUGGGGAACAUUCAAGAGACAUGCCAACUCCUAAAAAAAGAAGAAGUAAAAAAUGUGGCAGAAUUAUCUACCAAGGUCGAGGAACAACCACAUCAGAAAGAGGAAUUAAGUGGCAUGAAAAGCAUAGAGAUGGACAGUGUAAGGCAUUCUGAAGACUAUAAAGAAAAACUUCCAAAAGUAAAUGGGAAGAGAAAAAGUGAUACCGAGUUUGGUAAUACGAAGAAAAAAGUUAAAGUAUCCAAGGAACACCAAUCAUUGGAAGACAACCAGAGACAAACCAGAUCAAAAAGAAAAGCUACAGGUGAUAUGUUAGAGGUUCCUCCUAAAGUGAUCCCCAAGUACGUUUCUGAAAAUGAGAGUGCAAGAUCCUCGCAAAAGAAAUCAAGAGUCAAAUUAGAUUGGUUAAAGUCUGCAGCAAAGCAACCCAGCAUUUUUUCUAAAUUCUGUAGUCUGGGGAAAAUAUCAACGAUCCAAGGAUCCAAAGGACAAUCGAAGGAAAGCGAGUAUGAUCUUGAUGAAGAGGACCUGGGCAAAUAUGAAAAUGAUAACACAGCGAAUGGUUGUGGACUUGAAUCUCCAGGGAAUAAUGUUAACCCUGAGACCAAUGAAGUUAAGCCCAUAAACAAAGAGCAAAUUGGUUUUGAAUUAGUAGAAAAGUUAUUUCAAGGUCAACUGGUAUUAAGAACUCGUUGCUUAGAAUGUGAAAGUUUAACAGAAAGAAGAGAAGAUUUUCAAGACAUCAGUGUACCGGUACAAGAAGAUGAGCUUUCUAAAGUAGAAGAGAGUUCUGAAAUUUCUCCAGAGCCAAAAACAGAAACGAAGACCUUGAGAUGGGCGAUAUCACAGUUUGCUUCAGUGGAGAGGAUUGUAGGAGAAGAUAAAUAUUUCUGUGAAAAUUGCCAUCAUUAUACUGAAGCCGAACGAAGUCUUUUGUUUGACAAAAUGCCUGAAGUUAUAACUAUACAUUUGAAGUGCUUUGCUGCUAGUGGCUUGGAGUUUGAUUGUUAUGGUGGUGGACUUUCCAAGAUCAACACUCCUUUGCUGACUCCGCUCAAGUUGUCACUAGAAGAAUGGAGUACAAAGCCAACCAACGACAGCUAUGGAUUAUUUGCAGUCGUGAUGCACAGUGGCAUCACAAUCAGUAGUGGGCAUUACACUGCUUCCGUUAAAGUCACUGACCUUAACAGCUUAGAACUAGAUAAGGGGAAUUUUGUGGUUGACCAGAUGUGUGAAAUAGGUAAGCCAGAACCAUUGAAUGAGGAGGAAGCAAGGGGUGUGGCAGAAAAUUAUGACGAUGAAGAAGUAUCGAUUAGAGUUAGUGGAAAUACACAGCCAACUAAAGUUUUGAACAAAAAAAAUGUAGAAGCUGUCGGACUUCUUGGAGGACAAAAGAGCAAAGCGGAUUAUGAGCUAUACAACAAGGCAUCUAAUCCUGAUAAAUUUGCCAGUACAGCAUUUGGUGAAAGUAGAAAUUCUGAGACUAACAGUACUAAUGGGAUGCAUGAAUCCGAUAGAAACAAGGAAGCCAUUGACCAGACAGGCAUUAACAUUAGUGGAUUUGAGAACAAAAUUUCAUACGUAGUGCAAAGCUUAAAGGAGUAUGAGGGGAAGUGGUUGCUCUUUGAUGACUCGGAAGUGAAGGUUACUGAAGAGAAGGACUUCCUCAAUUCCCUUUCCCCGUCCACAUCUCCUACAUCUACUCCUUACUUGUUAUUUUAUAAAAAAUUAUAGAGUGUAUUUUCCUGUGUAUAUAUUAAACAGAUCUGGACAAAGGUAAAGUUGAUUACAUCUAUCUUUAGCUUAUCUUUUUGAAGCUAUUGGAUAUUAUUGGUCUCUAGGUUUUUAUAUAGUGAAAUUUAACUGAAAACCAUGUUAAUUCUAGAAUUCAUUUUUCUUAGAGACUAGUGAUGCAUUAGCUUCUGGGAACAAACUUGUAUAAGUUCUUAGUUGAAACCCCAAAAAAGGGACGCAUUUAAACACUUUGAAUCUACACCUAUAUUUUGUUCGCUUUUUAAAAUAAAGUGCUUGUAUUUGUAUCUCCAAAUUUUGGAGUAAUUAUAUGAUGUUUAUAGGUCCUGUGGUUUUUCAACUAAGCAGAAUCUCAUUUCAGUAUAGUUUUAUAAAAAGUCAUGAAGCAAAAUCUUUUAAUGGGCUGUUUAGGGGCAAAGUCUGGACUAUGUGUAUUUUAUGCCUUUGAAUCACUUUAAAAAGUGUCUCAAAAAACAGACAGUCCCUUUCUGUCUUCCCAAGAAUUUUAUAUGUAUUUAUGAAGAUGAUUCUGUAGUAAAUCUUUUUUGGGCAUGGAAUAAUUUGUAUUUCUUCAUAGUCAUACUCUGCACGUUCUGUAUAUAUUACAUCAAACCUAGAGGUGUGAUCUAAAAUUUAACUUUUUUUUUUUUAAACCGGGAGGUUAAUAAAACUUAAACUGCUUAGCAAA